AUGGUGACUGCACUUGUAUCUGGAGGCAACCGCGGCCUUGGCUACGGCAUCGUGCGCCGGCUCGCCAACGAGUUCCCGGCCUCUUCGCUCUACACGUCGCCGUCGGACAAGCUUACGAUCUACCUGGGCUCUCGCGACGUCAGCAAGGGCGAAGAGGCGCGCAAGUCACUCUACGCCGAGCUGGCCAAGGACGUGCUCGAGCGCGUCUCGAUCGAGGUGCGACAGCUCGACACGUCGUCGCACGACUCGGUGACCAAGCUCGCCUCGGAGCUUCAGCCGGGCAUCGACAUCCUGGUCAACAACGCUGGCAUCGCAAUGGACGGCUUUGAUGCCAAUGUUGCAAAGCAGACGGUCGCCACCAACUACUACGCCGUCAAGGAUGUAAUUGACCACAUCCCCGUGAAGGAUGGCGGCAGGAUUGUGACGAUCGCUUCGUCGACGGGCGUACUACGUGGAUUUGGAGACGAGGUGCGCGAUCGAUUUCGCAACGCCAAGACGGUCGAGGAUGUGGACAGGCUCAUGGAGGAGUUCCAGCAAGUCGUAGCCGACGGCACGUGGAAGGAGAAGGGCUGGAAGGGAGCAGCGUACGCCACGAGCAAGAGCGGCGUGAUCGCAUACAUCCGUGCACUGGCCGAAGUGUACAAGCAGCAAGGAAAGCGUGUCGACGUCUUCUCCUGCUGUCCAGGCUAUGUCAACACCGACAUGACCAAAGGUAAGGGCCACAAGACGCUGGAUCAGGGUGCCGAGACGCCCGUGCUGCUCUCCCUGCACAAGACCGACGCCAAGCCAGGCGAGUUCUGGUUCGAGAAAAAGGCGUAUGACUGGGAGCUUAAGCAAAGCAGCUAA